CAUGACGCAUUAGGGAGGACAUCAUAUUCUGGCGUCUUCAUCAUCUUUUGAUUAGCAUUUUCUCUGCUGAAAUAGACUGCGUUGAAAAACCAAGAGGUUUCAGGGGGUUUUAUUUGUCAGUUGGAGAUUGCAGGGGGUCACUCAUGACAGCAACCAGGGGCUGUGUUAUGUUGUCAGUCACAGGAUGAUGCAGAGAAGUGCAACUUUGCAACUUGUGAGACAGAGUGGAGAAAAGUGAAGUGGAACAGGGUGUUGCUCUAUAAAAAGAAACCACAGCCAAGAUUUACACAUCAGUUCAGAGUCAGUAAGAAAAAACUGUGAAAGACCUCCACUGAAAGAGAGAGAAUGGCGGUGUAUCAGCUGGUUCUCCUCACUUGUGUCCUGCUGUCACUCACUGGAGCAGCCUCCUCUCUGAGGACUCUGAACACGGUGAAGGAGCUGAACGACACAGGCUUUGGCCUUCCACCACCCAGGCAUGGCUAUGUACUCCUGCUCUGGUACGUGCAGAAUUGUGUCGACAACAACAUGGUGGCCCUCUGUAACCCCAAAGCUGGGGAAUAUGGCUUCCACUACUUCAGGAACAGAGGCAAGGGUGGUGCUCUGCUUCCUAAACUGGACAAACACGGCGAAUACGCCUACUACAGCCUGGGAAACCUCAACUACAAGCAUGCUGAGGAUCUGCCAGACGAGGUCAGGAGGUACUACGAUAAACACGACAAGCUCAGCAACAUGGACAGACUUCUGGUGAAGUAUUUCUCCAACAAGAAUCUCAUCGAGGAGAUCUAUGUCUCGGCUCACUACGAGAGCUCGCAGACCUACCUGAUUGGACCGUCUCUCGUUUCUGAUCUCAGACAUAAGAGGGCUUUGCAUCAAUCUCCCUCUAGAGAGUGGCACUUAGCAAUUGUGCAAUCCAACAACAAUCGCUAUGAUGAAAUUAUGUGAUAGAUGUCAUUCAAACAUUAGAUGCCAUGUUUGUCAUAAUAUUGUUCACAACAAUGUCUAAUAUUCGUAUAAUCAUCUGACAAUCACACAACAGUGAGUGACCAUUUGUCUGAAGCCUAAUCAGACUGUCUGAAAUUGAUGAAAUGCUUUGCUGUUACAGACUUGCAUUGAUUUUGUGAGACCCCAGUUGGGAACUGUUCAACAUAUACUCUAUUGUUCACUUACAUGCUUGUGUCAAAUGCUACACUGAUAUAUGAUAGCUAAACUGAGCCAUGACUUUCCAUUUCGCUUCUGACUACAUUGAACAAAAUGUAUAGCCUCUUGCUUAGCAGUCGAAAGUAUCAGGCUGAGCUCUGUAGGAACAGCCUUUAAUUGACAGGUUGACUUGAUGACUGAGCUACUUGUUUAUUCAUUGUGAGAGUGCUGUCGCUGGAGGUUUGCCUGGAAAGGGCGAUGCAAUUCUCUUGUUCUUUUCUCCCAUAGUCCUGUCAUGACUAAGUGAUUGGUGGUGCUGGUGGUAGUGACUGAGGGAGGUGAUGGGAUGCAUUAAAAAUGAGUGUACUGCCAGUGGAUUACUUCCUACUUAAACUUAUGUAUGACAUUAACAUGAGCACCUGGAAAUUGCAUUUAGUAAAUCUUCGUUGUGUGUG